GAAGACACGGAUCAACCUAUGCGAACUCUUCUACGCUGUCCAUUCAGGGUCCAUGCUGCUGUCCUGUCCUCUGCUGGGGGCCUCGGGUGAGCGAGUAAACGGGCGCAUCACUGACUUCAUUUGGGUUCAAGCCUAGCUGCAGUUUCACAUCCCUCAGUUCAUGUUGGAGUGAGACUGAAUUCUGUCUGAAAUCUGUGAAGUGCUGAAGGAUGAUGCCCCGGACAGGCGUUGCUCUAGUUUUCCUCCUGCUGGCUGUGGUCAGAAGUGCAGUGUCCAGCAGAGAGCUGCAGUGCUCCAUGUGGCCUGUGGGGGCGCUGCAUCCAGUGCGGGCUCAACUGGAGCGCUUCGAGGCAGGACCAGGUUGUGCAGCCAGAGAGGGUGGAGCUAAAGAGACCCAUGUGAUUUCUGUGGGCAAAACCUCCAACAAACAAGUAACAGUAGUUUUAAGACCUUUGACCGUCUCUCUGCCCAUCAACCGGCCGGUGAUUCUGGUGCUGAGCUCCCUUCAUGCUGUGCAUUGGGUGUUGGAGAAUGAAGGACUGUCGCACAACAUCAACGUGCUGGUGCAGGUGUCUCUCAACUCCACAGCCGUCUCUCCGAGUUUGUCCAUCCGCGUGACACAGGUUCCAUCUCUGCCACGACGUCCUCGGGUCCUUCUGCGCUGGGUCCUCCAGCGUCACGCCACCGUCUCGUCACUCACACACACUGUGCGCGCGAACCGUGUUUACCUCCAUCUGGGAGAGGAUGCCAGCAUGCCGAGCGAGUGCCGCCUGCAGUCUCCGUUUCUGUCCCAAAACUAUCUGGCCUCAGAGCUGCAGGAGCAGGAGAUUCACGGCUGUGUCCCGUCAGACCAGCCAUUGGAGACAGAGGUCCACAUCAUCCGCCUCUGGUCCUCAGGAUCCGGCCUGUGCGGCUCUCUGCAGGUGGAGGUGUCUGUCUCUCUGCUGCCUCCAGUGGCUUGUUCAGCGUAUCACAUGAUUGUACUGAUCCUCAGCAGUGCGGUUCCAGUCAACUGGGCUCUGGUGGCUCCAGAGGUCAAAGGCCACGUCAGGGUCUAUUCGUCCAACAGCGUUAGUCCGCCGUACCGAACUCAAUCCCCUAGCCUCAGCGUGACCAGCACCGUGACCUCUGACCUCCUCAGCACCCCCGACCUUCUAGAAUGGGCCAAUCAGAACGGCUUUCCCAAAGUGACCUCGUACACUGAGGCUGAUCUGGCCAAUCGCUUCGUCGUCAAGCUAAGAGAAGGAGGGUCAGACACUGAACUGAGGUCUUCAGACGGGCGGCAGGAUGUCAGCAGCGAGGCGCUCAGCUGUCACUGUGAGAGCGGAGCUUUUACUGUAACUGUGGACACACAGAUGCUACAGACUUUUCCAGUGUCUGCAGUGACCCUGCGAGAUCACAACUGCCACGGUGAAUUUAAUGGAAGCCAUUUCCUGUUGCUUUUCCCGGUCAUUUCCUGUGGGACGGAGGGAGAAAUGGAUAAAGUGAACAGAAGAGUUCAUUACACAAAUACAGUGUUCCUGUGGAAACGGAAACCAUCCGAGGGUUUGAACAAUGAGACAGAUGUGGAGGUGUUGGACGAGACCAGUCUGAUAGCCAUUCAUAUCAGCUGUGAAUCGUCUCUGAUGACUCCUGCGAGUCCAACAGCCACGGCUCCGUCCUCCAGGCCUGAGGAGGCGCUGCGCUUCAGUCCCUGGGUGCCGAGAGCCCACGCCGCUCCAGUGCUGUCCAUGGAGCUGUUUGUCACCGAGGCCUACGAGAGGAGAGCCGUGGGGCCCUGCGUGAUCACCGCGUACGACCGCGUCUAUGUGCAGAUCUCGGUGGGUUCUGGUGUUUCGGAGGCCGUGGAGGUCCAGUCGUGUCUGGUCUCUCCUCUCUCAGAUCCACACGCUCACAGCGGCUGGUCCAUCAUCAGAGACUCCUGUCCAUCUGACCCGUCCUUCAAACUGAGCCACAGAGAAGCCCAGGAAUCCACAGACAGCACAGGACAUGAGGAAGAUGAGGAAGAUGAGGGAGAUGAGAAGACUGAAGGGAAAGAUGACUGGAGACUGUCGCAGCCGCUCUCUCGCUGGAGACAGAUGGCGAGCCGCCUUGGAGACGAGAGAGCCAGGCGAAAUAAUAAAGUCAAGAGACCCGACAGACUCGGCGCAAGGAGACCUGAAGAACGCAGACGGAGGAGACGUGAGGACGAACACGAGAGCGCACACACGCUACAGUUCAGUUUCAUCCUGCGGCCUGUCUUUAAUAACUCCAUCCAGUUCCUGCACUGCCGACUGCGUCUGUGUGCGUCAGCUGAGGGGCCCUCGAGGGCCACCCCUCACAUCUGCACAGACGGGCCUCAGAUACCUGCUCUCACACACACCACUGCUUCUCAACAGUGUGAGUACAGGAAUCUCUCUCGGCCCGUGUUGGUCACGUAUUCUGCUGGGUUUCUGGCUCCCCCUGCUGGUAAACUUUCUCAAAAGCCUGCCGAGAUGUCGAAACAGACUCCUGCACACAGCGAAACAUACGAGAGUCCAGUGUUAAUGGUGGUGUUCUCUGCGUUUGUUAUGGGUUUGUGUCUGAUGGGGGCGCUGUGGUGCAUUUACAGUCACACAGGGAGGCGUGAUAUGAGCCAGAGAGACGGUAUUAUAGAGACCACGCGACAGGACAGCGAAACCCGCCGACACUGAAGUAGCAAACUAGCGGUUUCCUCGAGGUGGACUAAAGAUAUCCCUGAUAGCACACGUACAUCAAGGAGGCGUCUGUCUGAUGUCUGCAAUUACAUCUGCCAGACGUAUUUUUAAAAAGCGUUUGCUCAUCUACUCGUCUAUGACAUUUUCUAUCAGAUGUCAAAUUGAUGUCUGUUAGAUGUCUUUAAGAUCUUUGUGAUUUCGAAUGUAUGUAAAACUGAGAUCUUGCAGACAUCUGUCAGAUGUUCGCAGAUGCUUUCCAGAUCAAGUGAUCUUUAACAGAUGUACGUGUGCUAUCUGAGAUACGACCAUCAAAUUCGUAACGUGACCGAAAACGGUCAAACUUCAUGUGCUUUCUUUAAGGCUGAAUUUGUUUACCACUGUUCUGAGGUGCUUUUAACGUAUUUUACUGGCUGCUUUUGUUGUGCUGCUAAAUGUAACAGCAUAAAUUAUGUAAAACUAUUAUAGAUUUGUCCUUUAAUGUUCGUAAAUUUGUUUCAGUUUCAGUCCUUUAAUUGUUCUUAAUGUACUGUGUAGUAAUCAUGUUUUAAAGUGUCAGUAUUUAAUAAAGUUAGCCCAGACAGGCUGAUGUGAAGGUUUGGAAAGGAUCUUUUAUUAUGUAGGGUGAAGUCAGCAAAAUCCGGACAUCAGCUAAAAUGGGACAAACAAGCUUAUGGUGUUGUGCACUUU